AUGUCCUACCUUUACCUCCACAGGACCCUUACGCGGCUUUCUCCGCUGCCUACAAACGUUUCAGCAGUCCAAGUUCACAUCGCGGAACGCUCCCUAGCUUGGGACUACAACCUCCAGUACCCUCCCAUGCCUACCGAAAACGAUGACUACGGCGUCCCCGCGACACAACCCUCCUCCCUCAUCACGGGCACAGACGCUAAAGCCGCUGUCCUAGCCUGGUCCCAGACUCUCGAAAAGGUUCUAUAUUUCGAAGCACACAGCAGUGCGAAACCACCGAAUACGCCUGGGACGUAUUCAGUCCUGGGACACACAGAGUGGUUCGUCUUCCGCCCCAGCACCCCCACCUCCUACGACAUGGUCUUCUUCCAAACCCCCCUCGACCUCAUCAUCGCUGAAUCCAAGAAAGGCGGUUAUACAAUGCUCCUCGGUUCCCAACUCAUCAAGAAAAAGUACGAGAGGGGGGAGUGGCCUUACCGCCUCCGUAUCUCCCACGCCCCGACGAUCGCGCAACUUCUCCACCAGUUUUGGGAUUUGGGGGAGAGUGCGCGGCCAUAUUCUCUUGCGCCUGUGGAUGAGACGUAUUACUCCUUUCCCACGACGCAUACAGAAUUCCUUGAUCGUCGUCUAUACUCCACAUUCCUCAUCUCCUCGCCGGCGGUGCUACAGCAGGAGCUGGAGAGGGAUUCGGCGGCGUUGAGGAUUCAGAAGGGGUGUCAUAGUUGGUUGUAUGCCCCCGUUUGCAAGGAUGGAGAGCAUUCCAUCAUGGUUCGCGAGGGAUUGAGGGAGUUAAAGGCCUUGGCCAACAUGGUCCAGUUUUUCGUGGAUGAGGCGGAGGCGCCGCGUGUGAAAGAGGUGAGGGCUUGA